AUGGCUCACAAUUACUAUGCCUCUACGGCUGCACGCUGGCAAGCAACCUCCACCCGCGAUUCAGGCGCUGCCACUGCAUUUGUUUACGCCGUGAAGACGACCCAUAUCUUCUGCCGCCCGAACUGCAAGUCUCGACUCGCCUGUCGCUCGAAUGUGGCCUUCUUCAACUCAUCAACCGACGCCAUGAAAGCCGGCUACCGCGCCUGCAAGCGCUGCAAACCACAACAGGACGAAUUCGAGCCAGAGCGCGAUCUCGUGGCGUCACUCUGUGCACGACUGGAUGGUAGUGGCACGAUGACCCUGGCCGAUAUGGCAGCUGAGGCUGGACUGAGUCGCUGGCACUUCUGGCGCAUUUUCAAGAAAGUCAUGGGUGUCACGCCAAGUCAGUGGUCACAGAUGAACUGCAAAGCGAACACAUCGAGAAGCGAUUCGGGAAUAGGCUCUUCACCCGCGGACAGUCAAGACAUUGAUCUGCAUUUUUUAACCGACUACGUCCAGUACACGACUGUACAUACGAAUUACGGAGUGCUGCUAGUCGCAUUCCAGCAAGGACAAAUCAGUAAGCUGGACUUGGCUCCUACAAUAGAGGAGUCGCUAUUCACACUGGACAUGGCCUUCCCAUUUCCGAAAUUCGUUACGAGUGCCUUGUCUGGCGACGCAAGUGAUCACGAGUUGCGGGCAGUCACACAAGAGGUCGUGGAAGCGCUGGAAAGACCAUCGGGCAAAACCUUGACUUUCUCCGUGUCGAACCAUGCUCUCAAAAGUCUGACGGAAAAGUGUUGCACUGCAUCCGGGAAUCUGAGCUCAUGA